UUUAAAAUCAAACUAUUAAUUGUAGAAAUUCCAAAGCAAGAAGAACUCUUCAAGAAUUCAUUUGCCAUAAAUCUAAAUCUAUCAAUUUUUAAAAGUCUAUUUGUGAAAUUCAUAACAAAAUUCCUAUAACUCCAAAUUCUACAACGAGAUGGCAAAUCUCAAGGACCAAAAUGUCACCAUACAAACCAAAUCAAAAAAUCCUAAGCAGUUGUAUGAGGAGUUGAGCGAAAAUGUAACCCACCAAGUUUAUAAUCUUGUGGAACAUCUGCGACAAUGGAUAGAGAAAAAUAGUCAACCGAAGCGUUAUAAUUUCCCCAAACCAGUAAGGCUAAAACCUACACGCUGGGCCAAACGUGGUCCCAUGGCACGUAGGGAUUGGGUAAAAUUUUACAAUUGGGCUGCUAAAAAUGCUGCACCUAAGCCACCUUAUGAACCAAAAUUAAGAAAACGAGAUAUAGUUGAUGCUAAAAAGGCCAAAGAAUCAAAGGAACCACUACCUUAUGAGGAGUUAAUGCAGCAUGCACAAAAUAUGGCAAUACCUCGUAUACGAAGGAAUAAAUAUGAAUAUCCUCCAGAGCCCCAAUAUGCCUAUAUACCUCAAAUUGACCCCAAAAGACGGCCAAAGAGAGAACGUGGUCGUCCCUUUCGAACACCAGAAGUUCCACCAGAUUUUCAGCAUAUCGAAUUAGAAAUUGACUUUUGGUCUCAACUGCGAUUUCCCAUAAGACCUUCCACAGCUAGUUACAAUCCUAGUAAAACUAUUCUAAAAUUGGCUGAACCUAAGGUAGUGCCACCACUUAAGCAACAUUGUCCCAUACCUGAAAAACCGGUGGAAUAUAUCGCGCCACGUCGUCGCAUGUCUCCACUGCAAUGGAGGGAGCACAAAAGACGCUUGGAGUAUUUGGCCAAACCCAUUUAUCGACCGAUUAUUGAUUACUUUUAUUAUGGUUAGUUAGUGUUAUCUCCGGUGAAAGUAAUUUUUAAGAAACCUUUUAACAUUGUCAUUGAAAAGUUA